AAAACGUAAAAGUAUCGAUGCUUGGCACAAAAACCAUCGAUACAAUGAUACGAUAGCUGCACAUAUUAUUGCAAUGUUUAGCAACAUAGUGGCAACAUUUAAUUAAGCACUGGCAACAUAAAGCAAAAUUAAUUGUGCAUUUAAAUUAAACUCGACACAUUUGUAAAGUUAGAGUUGUGGGGCGUUGUGUGUUGUGCUUUCACCAAAUCGUAGGUGACGCGGGCACCACAAAAGGCGUCAAGUGAAAGCUUGCAAAGAGUUUGAUUCGAUUUCGCGGCUUUGUUCAAGGUCGUUGGCAGUGGCAGACUAAGCACAAACGCAGAGCAAACAUGGCCAUAAGCUUCGAGAAGCAUCGCGCGUCAAUAAUCGAUGCCUGGAAGGAUGUAUUGGAUGACAAAAGCGACACAAAUUGGUCGCUAUUUGGCUACGAAGGCCAGACAAAUGAACUGAAGGUAGUUGGCAAGGGGGAUGGCGGCGUUGAGGAGUUGCUCGAAGACCUGAAUAGCGGAAAAAUAAUGUACGCCUUUGUGCGCAUCGAAGAUCCAAAAACAGGCCUCAACAAGUAUCUGCUUAUAAACUGGCAGGGCGAAGGCGCACCUGUGCUACGCAAGGGCACCUGUGCUAAUCACAUACAUGAUGUGGGCAAGCUGCUCUCUGGCGCACACUUGACCAUGAAUGCCAGAAAUGAGGACGACAUUGAUUUGGAGCGUCUGCUGAAGAAGCUGAGCACUGUGAGCUCAGCGUAUAGCUUUAAGGAGCCGCGUGGCGCACAGGAGGAACAGAAGCUGCCAGUGGGCACCAACUACACACGUGUGAUACCCACAAAGGAUAUCAAUGCCAGCGUUAUGCAGGACUUUUGGAAAAAAGAGGAGGCCGAAGAGCAACGUCGCCUGGUGGCCGAAAAAGAAGUCAAGCGUCAGCAGCAGGAGAAUCAGGACAAAGAGCAGCGUGCGCGUGAGGAAAAGGAGCACAAGGAACGCGAAAAGCUGGUCAUCAGCACAACUAAGCUGCAGCCAGCGCAUGUGCCCAUCAAAACUUCACCACAGCCGCUUAGCCCGGAGAAGACUGCCGCUAGCUCUGCCAACAACUUGACUGAAGCGGAGCGUAUGCGACAAGCUCGCAACCAGGAGGCUCGCGAGCUAAUUGGCUCACGCGUCGGCGCAGCCAAGGCCAUGUUCACCAAGCAUACCAGCGAGGGACAGCUGCAGUCCAAGCUUAAUACACAGCCGCCAGCUAAGCCAGCACGUAAUUCCAUUGCCCAACGCAUCAAUGCCUUCAAUCAAAAUCAAACUGAGGAGACCCCAGCCGUGCCAUCGCCACCGCGUGCUGUUUCGCCUAAAGCGCCGCCAGCUGCUUUACCAGUCGUCGCCGAGCAGCCUGUGGCCGCUGAGGUGGUGUCUACUGUAGAGGAGGAUACGCAGCCUAUAGAGGAUUUGCCUUUGGCGCAUGAGAGCGAACAGUUCUCCACCAUUAAGCGCUCGCCACACAGCAAAACCAAUUCGGUGCAGUCGCAGUCGCCAGAUGAUACAUCCAGCUCCAAUGCUACAGACACAGCCGUGUACAAGGAGGAAGAGGAAGAAGUGCGCACCAAGGUGUCAGUCACAGUGCAACAAUCGCAGGCGGCCAAGGCGUCCGGCAUGAGCACGCUGGAGCGCAAUGCCCUGACUGAUUUGGUAAACGAGGACGACUUUAUCUGCCAGGACAGCCUUGGGGAUUUGGGACUGCGUGCGCGUGCCUUGUAUGACUAUCAGGCUGCUGAUGAGUCGGAGAUUACCUUCGAUCCGGGCGAUGUAAUCACACACAUUGACCAAAUCGAUGAGGGCUGGUGGCAGGGCCUUGGGCCCGAUGGAACCUAUGGACUGUUUCCGGCAAACUAUGUCGAGAUUAUUAACUAAAGCCAACUCAACCAAUGCACAAGCCAUAUCUAAUAUGGCAACUGCUUAGCAGCCACAGCAUUAACAACCUUUUGCUAAAAAUAUAUAAAUGUAUCUACAUGGCAUUUUUUGGAGCAUAUACCGGAACUACUUAACUAGAUCUUUAUAUUACUAAAAAAACAUUAUACUGCUGCCCCAGUAAUAUCUAUGAACAAUAAUGCAAUUUAUACUUGUAGUAUUUACCUAAUAUUUAAUAUUGAAUGUAUUAUUAUAACAACAUUUUUGGAUAGUAUUUUAGCCAUCUGAUUGUUACGUCCUUUUUUUCGAAAAAAUACUUUCACUAAUUCCCGUGCAGUCGGCGCUCGCUAAAGUGAAAAUGCAAAUUACAAUUUCCACUCAAGGCACUGUCAAGUUAAGCAAAAUGCAAAGACAAACUACAAAAUUUAGAAUAAAAUAAAUGUUAUGUUGAAAUAACCAGCAGUUACUUUAAGAUUGGAAAGUUUUGAUAGAAUUUUAAGUAAUUUAACGCUAUAAUUCAAUAUGUUUUAAAUUGUUUAGCGAGCGUCUACUGCACUUUACACCUCCCUACGUCAUACAGCACGAUUCGGUAAUCGUUAUUUUGUACGUGUAUUAUAUAUUGUGAACAAUAAUAUCUAUAUAUUUACUUUAUUAAUUAGUAACAUAAAUAAUUAUGCAUAGAAGUUGUUUUCUUUUUGUUGUGUGUGUGUUUGUUUUUCUCCAACUGGCAAUAGCUUCUGCGAUAGAUUAGCGCAACGUUGUAAACAUUUGUAUGAGA